UUACAGGGAGCGCAGCACAGCGAAGGAGCUAGCAGAGCUGGUUUAGUUAAACCUCAGCUGCUACACAGCUUAAAAAGCCUCAGCAUGUCUCAAAAAAGCUCAGUGACCAAAGCAGGAAUAUAACAAGAGUGAAUAUUGGCAGUGAGUUUGAAAGUUGGAGACUUACAGCUCAAAAAGACUACAAGACUGACCGAGAGCUGCUAAUUUUCUCCUGAACAGCAGCAAAAUGCAGAUCUUCGUGAAAACGUUGACCGGGAAAACCAUCACCCUCGAGGUGGAGCCCAGCGACACCAUCGAGAAUGUGAAGGCCAAGAUUCAGGACAAGGAAGGCAUUCCCCCCGACCAGCAGCGUCUGAUUUUCGCUGGCAAACAGUUGGAGGAUGGCCGCACUCUGUCAGAUUACAACAUUCAGAAAGAGUCCACUCUUCACCUGGUGCUGCGUCUGAGAGGAGGUAUCAUUGAGCCUUCCCUCAGGCAGCUGGCUCAGAAAUACAACUGUGAGAAGAUGAUCUGCCGCAAGUGUUACGCCCGUCUUCACCCCAGAGCGGUCAAUUGCCGUAAGAAGAAGUGCGGACACACCAACAACCUGCGCCCCAAGAAGAAGCUGAAGUAAACUGUAGCACUAAAAUGCGCUUCAAGAGCUUGUUUAUUCAAGGGUGUUUGAAAAUAAAAAGUUAAAAAGAA